UAUGGAGCAAAAAUUGCAAUUAUUAAAUUCCAGCAUUCAAGUUGAUCCCACAAACCCUUAGAUUCCUUAAAUGCUAAAACAUUUGAAAGUAUUCAUCUAUUGUUUAAUUUUCAAGCUUGAAAUUUUCAAUGAAUUGGCUGUCAAUAGAUCAUCAAUAGAAAAUUUAGCAUGUAAUCUAUACACUAAUAUCAUUAGUACAUUUUUGUGAAUUGGAAGUCACUUAUUUAUUAAUUUCAAGACAAAUUGAAAAUUUUGAAUUAGCAAUUGAAAGAUUAAUGAAAUUUUACAAUUAAGGUCUAGAAAGUAAGGAUAAAGCUCAUUAUACUGGUAUUUACUUAAUUUAUUUAUUGUCCUUUAAUAAGUAUUAAAAUUAAGUAAAUAUCUUAAUAGAUUUGCCUAAUAUUAUUCUUAGAUUGAAUUAUUACCAAAGGAAACAUUUUCAAGCCCCUUUGUUCACUUUGUACUUUAAUUGGAAUACAAAUUGAGCAUAGGCAGUUAUUCCGAUCUUUUAGGGGAUUAUCAUCCUACUGGAAUUGAGAAUGUAUUCUUAGAUAGAAUUAUGGACACUAUUAGGUAAUUCAAAUUAUAAAUUUAGAUUAUAAACUGCCUUAAGUGCCAAUGCAUCAUACAAAAGUUUAAGUUUAGAACAUGCUAUCAAAUUAUUCAAUGUUAAAAACAUUUAAGAAUUAUAAUAAUUUGCUUAAAAAUAAAAUUUCUAAUGGAAAUUUGACAAUCAUCAUGUUUAUUUUGAUAAUGUAAUUCAUCUCUAAUUUAUUUUUAGGUUUAAAAGUCAGAGAAUCCUUUAAAUUCAGAAUUUUUAAUUUAAAAUUCCUUAAGAUAUGUACAUGAGUUUGAUAAAAUUAUAUGA